GUCUCCCUUGGUUCGCCUUUAACGAGCUUAUCUUCUCCAGCUUUUAGUUUACCAACACAAUUUCUCUUGUUUAUCGCUGUUUCAGUUUUUCUUUGUGUCUUUGUUGGUUGCAGUGGUUUUACGAAUCCUUGAAUUCAAAUUAAUUUAUUCGGAUACGCGCUCGUACAUACACAUCGGUGUAUCCAUAUUCGUCAACCCGGUGGCUAGCUGCAAAGUCGGAGUUAUGGUGGAGGAAGACAAAGAGCGGCUCACUCGGAAACGGCGCCGUUUGACGUGGGACGUCGCUCCUUCGGGGCAGCCAGAGGAUGAUCGGAAGGAUGGUGAGUAUGAAGAAGCUAGGGCUCCUCCGGCUCCGCUAUUAAGGAGACAUGUGUCCCCUCCGAAGAGGGAUGACGAUCGAGAUGGUCAUUAUGUGUACAGCCUUGGGGAGAAUCUCACCCCUAGAUAUAAGAUACUUAGCAAGAUGGGUGAAGGCACCUUUGGUCGAGUAUUGGAAUGUUGGGAUCGUGAAAGACGAGAAUAUGUGGCUAUUAAAGUUGUUAGAAGCAUAAGCAAGUACCGCGAUGCAGCCAUGGCUGAGGUUGAUGUACUUCAGCGUCUUGCAAAAAAUGAUAAAGAUGGUUCACAUUGCGUGAAGAUGCAUAGUUGGUUUGAUUAUCGGAAUCACAUAUGCAUUGUCUUUGAGAAGCUUGGACCAAGUUUAUUUGAUUUUCUAAGGAGAAAUAGAUACUCUCCCUUUCCUGUGGAUCUUGUUCGGGAGUUUGGGCGCCAGCUUUUGGAAUCUGUAGCAUACAUGCAUGAUUUACGAUUAAUCCACACCGACUUGAAGCCGGAAAAUAUACUUCUCGCCUCUUCUGAAUUUGUAAAGCUUCCGGUUAGCAAGUUACCAGAGAGUGCGAAUUUCAGGUGUUUACCAAAGUCAAGUGACAUUAAGCUGAUAGACUUUGGUAGUACUGCUUAUGAUAGUCAGAUACAUAGCUCCAUUGUUUCAACAAGGCAUUACAGGGCACCUGAGGUCAUUCUAGGUUUAGGUUGGACCUAUCCUUGUGAUAUUUGGAGUGUUGGUUGCAUACUCAUAGAACUUUGCACGGGUGAAGUUCUUUUUCAGACACAUGAGAACUUGGAACAUUUGGCUAUGAUGGAGAGAGUGUUAGGUCCAUUGCCCGAGCAUAUGGCUCGAAAAGCAAACAAAGGUGCUGAAAAAUACUUCAGACGAUCACGACUCAACUGGCCUGAAGGAGCAGUGUCCAGAGAGAGCAUUCGAGCAGUAAGGAAACUUGACCAGCUAAAGAAUCUUGUCUCGAGGCAUGUUGAUUCCUCAAGAUCAGCUCUCGUGAACCUGUUGCAUGGCUUGUUGAAAUUCGACCCAUCCGAACGUCUCACAGCUCGUGAAGCUCUUGAGCAUCCCUUUUUUAAGGAGAUAGCCUAAAAUUUGACAUUUUGUAGUGGUGUUAUCCAUAGAAAUGAUUAUACGGAUGUAGUGCUGCAUCAGUUUUUCGCAUAAUAAAUUUCAUGUUGUGGUAGGAUUAUUUGUAGUACGCGAAACGAAUCUGGUACAACCGAUAAUAGAUGCAAAACUCUGAAGUAUAUUAAAUCUCUCUCUUAAUUCAUUUUAAAAAUGAAAUAAAUUUGGGUAAAUCUAAGGCAGCUUUUAAACUUGUAUAACGUCUGGCACUCUUAUAAAGUGUUAAAAACUAACACUUUGAGCUACUUAUUUUGCUCGAUUUUAU